CAUUCGGGGGCGGGGCCUGAGUACGUGACGGCGGUUUCCAAGGUGAAAGGUCAGCUGCGCGCCCCGGCCCACUUCCAACAUGGCGGCGGCCGGCGCGGCGGCGAUGCCGCGUAGCCCGGAGUCCCGGGCGGGCACUAUGGCCCGCGCUCCGAGCUCGUCCCCUUCGCGGCCCUCGUGGCUACCCGCGCUGCUAUUGCUGCUGGCGGCGGCUGGGCCCGGGGCGGGCGCGGCCCGACUGUACCGCGAGGGCGUGGACGCCGUGUGGGUGCUGGACAGCGGCAGCGUGCGCCGGGCCACGGCCAACAGCUCGGCCGCGUGGCUAGUGCAGUUCUACUCCUCGUGGUGCGGCCACUGCAUCGGCUACGCGCCCACCUGGCGGGCCCUGGCCGCGGACGUGCGAGACUGGGCUGCUGUGGUCCGAGUGGCCGCCCUGGACUGUGCAGAUGAGAAGAACCAUGAGGUGUGCCGUGCCUAUGACAUCCACUUCUACCCCACUUUCCGGUACUUCAAAGCAUUUACAAAGGACUUUACAACAGGAGACAAUUUUAAAGGACCUGACAGAGAACUGCAGACUGUUAGACACACGAUGAUCGAUUUCUUGCAGAACCACACCACCGAACACAGGCCCCCUGCUUGCCCAUCUCUGGACCCAAUUCAGCCCAGUGACAUCCUUUCUCUCAUCAACAACCGCAAUGAUCAUUACAUGGCUGUUUUAUUUGAAAGCAACAGCUCCUAUGUUGGGCGUGAGGUGAUCUUGGACCUGACCCAGUUUGAGAACAUUGUGGUGAAGAGAGCCCUGAACACAGACACAGCGUUUCUAGAGAAGCUUGGCGUCUCUUCCAUUCCUUCGUGUUACUUGAUUUACCCAAAUGGGUCACACGGCUUGAUUAACAUUGGGAAGCCUCUCCGAUCAUUUUUCUCUUCAUAUCUGAAGUUGUUGCCAGAAGUGAGGAAAAAAUCACUCUCUCUACCAGAAAAGCCAAACAAGGAAGAAAAUUCUGAAGCCAUAAUUUGGAGAGAAUUUGACAGAUCAAAGCUGUAUAUAUCGGACCUUGAGUCUGGCCUGCACUACCUUCUGCGCGUGGAGCUAGCCACCCACAAGUCCUUGUCUGGAACCAAGCUGAAAACACUUAAGGAUUUUGUCACUGUCAUUGCCAAGCUGUUCCCUGGCCGGCCACCCAUCAGGAAGCUGUUGGAAAUGCUACAGGAGUGGCUGGCCAACCUCCCCCUGGACAGGAUUCCCUACAACGCCAUCCUCGAUCUGGUCAAUAACAAGAUGCGGAUUUCUGGAAUAUUCCUUACGAAUCACAUAAAGUGGGUUGGAUGUCAAGGAAGCCAACCCGAGUUGAGGGGUUACACAUGUUCUCUCUGGAAAUUGUUCCACACUUUAACUGUAGAAGCCAGUACCCACCCCAAAGCGCUGGAUGGCACAGGUCUGGAAGGCGACCCCCAGGCAGUGCUGCAGACCAUCAGGAGGUACAUUCACACUUUCUUUGGAUGUAAAGAAUGUGGUGAGCACUUCGAGGAAAUGGCUAAGGAGUCCAUGGAUUCUGUGAAAACCCCAGACCAAGCAGUUCUCUGGCUCUGGAAGAAACACAACCUAGUAAACCACCGCCUGGCAGGCCAUCUGAGUGAGGACCCCAGGUUCCCAAAGGUUCCGUGGCCCACCCCAGACCUCUGUCCAUCCUGCCACGAGGAAAUUAAGGGCCUGGACAGCUGGAACGAGGGCCAGGUGCUCCUGUUUCUGAAGCGGCACUACAGUGGUGACAACCUUGUAGACACGUAUGCUGUCGGCCUGGGGGACAUUGGCGGAGACAGACCUGCAGAGGCUGAGGAACCAGAGAAAAUCCAGGCUGUCCCUGAGAAGUCUGGCGGGGCCCAUGGGGUUGAGCGCCUCCACCUGCCCAGCCUGCUGCCCCCAGACCCCCGCCUGACAGAGAGAUUGCACAGCAGGCUGGAAAUCAAACUGGGUCAAGGUGAUGGAGCCGCAGGCAGCCGGGAGGCAGAGGCAGCUGUGCCCUUCCUCGGGAUGGGCUUCUCCAGCCUGGACAUGAGCCUGUGCGUCCUGCUCUACGUGGCCUCGUCCUUGUUCCUCAUGGUCAUGUACUUUUUCUUCCGAGUACGGUCCAAGCGGUGGAAGUUCAGGCACCACCACCCCACCGUGUAGAGCUCAUCACGUGGAAAGAGCCCCACCUGGCCCCUGCAGCGCUAGCCUUUGCAUCAGGGAUUUAUGAACUGGCUGGACCUGUUGGCUUCCUGGGCCUAUUUUUCCAGAUGCCCUUCCCUGCAGGGACCCCAGUGUGUCAUCACUGUGCAUUCUCAGUGUGCUUGUGGGUGCCUUUCACAGAUCUGCAGUGACCUCUGUUUUUACUCUUUUAGGUAUAGAAAGGGAGUGGGGGGCCAGGCUACAUGGACAGAGCAUCUCCCACUCCCCUCCCCAGAGGGCUAGACUGCAUUUCUCCUUCCUCCAGGAAAACUAGCCCCUCCCCUCACACAGGCUGCCUGGCAGCCCACCCCACAGAGAGCCAAGCAGGGCUACAGCUCCACCUCCCCUGACCCAUGGGCUUCCUGGCUGCUCCUUAAAGCCAGAUCCCUCCUUAGUGUCUCGUGUGUGUGUGUGUGUGUGUGUGUGUGUGUGUGUGCGCGCUUGUUUCUGCCUGAGCAAGCAUAGGAGCAUCUCAGCAAUCAGAGAUGGGACAACGUGUAGUUAUUGUGACCCUGACAGUCUGCAGUCUGAGUGAAUAUGGGCAAGAGGGAUUUGAGGCCUGUGGCUUUGCUGCAUUUCAAGGAAACCCCCCAUAUAUGUUAUGGCAUGGAUUUGGUGGCUGGAAGAGACAAGAUGGUGGCCCAUUGUACUUUCCAGAGGCAGUACCUAUUUUGCUAGUUUGGUAUCAAAGGAGAAAUAAGUACAGAAAGGCCAUCUGCAGUGCUUCCCCCACACACACACACACACAUCUUGGCAGGUGGCUGGUGAGGAAUGGUCUUCUUGGGGGCGAGGCAGGUGAUAGAGCCUCCAGAGAGGCCUCUGAGGGAGUCCUUUUCAUCGCCACCUGCCAUUCCUUCUGCACUGCCCAGGGUCAGACCAUUUACCUGAAGUUGCUAUAAGAAGGCAUUUAGGCAUUUAGAGAUAAAUCAGCAUCUGAAGACGUAACCAAACUAGACCAGGGAACACUUGCCUUGGGAUCAUUUGUGGCUAUUGGUUUUUCUCAUAAGCUCUGAUAUAUCUGUGUAUCUCUGUGUGUGUGUGUGUGUGUGUGUGUGUGUGUGUACAUGUAUGUUACUAUGAUGUAAAUAGUUUUUUACACUCAGCCUAGUUUAUACUCAUGUGUUUACUAAUUGAAGCUGAUUAUAUGAGUGUACUUGUAAGACCAUGUACUGUAGGUAUUUCUGCUGGGACUUGGGGAACAAGCUAAUACCUUUAACAACUGGUAUUUGCUUUUGUUCUACCCACCCUGGUAAAAGAAGUGAGUUGAGGGGAGCAGCCAGGGAGUGCAGUAGAGGGCGCUAUGCUCUGCAGUCCACAGCCAGGGAAGCUCUGUGCUGCCGCCUCACUUCUGUCAUGAGAGGUUUCUUCUCCUUGGACACUUCCUUAACCCCUAGAAGGCUGUGUUGCAGGGGUCUGGGAGCUUGUCUUUAGAGCUAGUGCCUGGGUUAUUGAAGACACCAUGCUGUUUUCAACUUUAAAAACAGGUGCAUUUGCACAUUGCCUUCAGAGGAAACUUGUUAAACUGCCUUUUGGCUCACUUGGACUGCCUUUCCCCCCCCCUCCCCCUCCCCCAAGUAAGUGUCUUUAAAUGGUGUGAGUGGGAUGCUGUGACUUUACAAAGACCUAUUGGAUAGGCAGUACUGGCACUCCAGCUCAUAAUUCUGCAGCUUGAGGUCACUGUUUAAGGGCCAAGCUGGCAAAUCUUGAGGGCAGGUUUCUAGUAGACAUUAGUGGUGAGUGGUUUUUGCCCUGGCAUUAUGGGUAUCCUGUUGCCUCUAGUCUUGCCUGCCAAGGGGGCUGGGGGCUGCUCAGACCUGAAUGCAACUUCCAGGCAUGGUUUAAAGUCUGUUUUCUAAAGUUGUAAGUAUUGUAAGAACUAUGAGAUGAAUGAAUAUAAUAGGUAAUUUAAAUGUUUAUUUAUUUUUAAUGGAAGGAUUUUUGAUUAAAAAGAAGCUAUUGACGUGGAGAUGUCAGCAAAAUUUACUUGCAAAGAAGGGACAUUUUGUAUUUAAGUAAACUAUAAUGUGCACCUUUUAAAAAUAAAGAAAUAUGACAUUUGUGGAAAAAAAA